AUGCCUCCUCCUCCUCGCAAACGCCGUGAAGAGCCAUCACUAAGCUGGCCGUUUCCUCCAGACUCUCCAGUAAGCCCUCAAGCCCUGGACCAGGCCGAUCGUCUGCAGUGGCUCAACUCCUCGAGUAACAGAGACUCGGCUCACUUCCCCAGCAUGGCGUCCGAGUACAGCCAUUCGGGGUUCCAGCCGGGCAUCGCCAGUUCCAGACACUCCGUUUCGCGGGCGUUUCCUGUCAAUUUUCAGGGUCUGCCUGCUCUUCAGAAUAGGGAGAGAGCAAACCCUCAAGUUACGACGGGCUAUCUUGUGCCUUAUUCACGGCGGCAGAAUGCUGGUUCUAGCAGUAACAACAAUAACAAUAACAACAACGGCAAUACCAAUGCCAAUGCCAAUGCCAAUGCCAAUAUCGUUGUUACUACCAAUGCUAAUACCAACAGCAAUGUCAGCAUUGAUAGCAUGGCCAGCCUUCAGGGAGCCAGUCCGGCCGAGUCAACCGGUGCCUUUGAUCCGCUUAUAGGCUUCUACCCGUCUCUUGAACCUGAUCGGUCUUCAGAUAGCCCUUUUCGGGCUCGGACGUUCAACCUCCUUAACGAUCAUCGUACUCCCAACAAUGCUGUCACCGGUAGUCCAGCAGCGAGGCCUAGCUACGGCUCUCACAUUCUACAGAGACAGCAGAUCCAACAGAGACAGGAAAACCUGGAACCAAGAAUGUCGCCUGCGUUCUCGGCUGCACCGGCGGCAACACCCCAUCAAGCUCACCGGGACAGCACCAACCCACCAGAAGUAGGGAGUACACCGUUCACUAAUUUCGACAUAAACGAGAUUAUGGGGUCGAAUUUGGACACUGAGCCCUCAUAUUCAACAUUACAAGAACUCAUGCAAGAGCGAGAACUGAACCAAGGCCAAGGUCAGGAGUCCGAGUCAUUUCUGUUCUCAUUGAAUCCCGCGGUACCGACAACAGCAGCAGCAACAACAGCUACUACAACGGCAGCGACGCCCACGGCCCAUCGCCGCCGUAGUGCUCAAGAUAUGGCCUCCUCCGAGAACGAGCCUACCUCUCAGCAAGCCCAGGGAAGUGGUGAGGGACUAUAUCAACGCCGCGUCCGCAUGAGGACACUGCGGGUAUCUCCUGCAUCUUCUACCCAGCAGCCGCCGCCACCAUCUAGCUCUCAGCCCCAGCCCCAGCCCCAGCCAGCACCGACAUCUAAUAACAAUACUGCUACAACUACUACUUCAGCUUCCGCCACUGCCACUGCCGCUACGGCUACCACUGCCAGCGCCACCCCCAAUCAACGGCCGAUUGACCCUAUUUUUGGUUACCACCACCCUAACAGUAACUCGUCAACCUUCUUUACGUACAUGGACGCUAUGAACAGACAUAUGGCCAGCCGCAUGGACUCAGACCAGCGACUUCAAAUGCUACGAGAGUACCAGCAACGCGAGACACUUAGGCGACGAGCCGCCGCCCGGAACCCUCAGCCUACGGAACAGCCGGUAGGCCUUGACGUCCAGACUGACGGCCGCCCCGAGCCCAAGGAUUCAGCUAGCCUGAUGGUCAACAUGGAGUGUAAAGUGUGCAUGACACAACUCGUCGACACAGUGCUUAUCCCCUGUGGUCAUGCGGUUCUAUGUCGAUGGUGCGCCGAGCAGCAUCUUCUUCCUAAGAUUGGUUCUCGUAGACUACCUCCUGCCUGUCCGAUGUGUCGAAGGCCAAUCAAGCAGAGACUUCGGAUGUUUAUUUCUUAA